UUCUAAUUGUUUUAUCGUUGCUUGUGAAUUAACAAUAGAUUAGUUUCGCUAAAAAAUUUAAUGAAUUAAGAUGAAUAGAAAAUCAAAAUUUCAAACUAACAUUGCCAAAGACGAUUGCUCGAAUAGAAUCGAGUAUCUUCUACCCAACCAGCAGGCUCCAGAGUUUUUGGGAAUUGCCGUAAUUAACGAAGAAUUUAAGGAAAUCAAAUUAUCUGAUUACAGAGGAAAAUAUCUGAUUCUUAUUUUCUAUCCUUUGGACUUUUCGUGCGUUUGUUCAACAGAAUUAAUGGCCUUCAGCGAAAGAAUAUGCGAAUUCAGGCAAUUCAAUUGCGAAGUAUUGGCCUGUUCCACCGAUAAUCGUUUCUGUCAUCGAGCCUGGAUAAACACCGAAAAGGAGAAAGGUGGAUUGGGAAGAAUAUGUUUUCCGCUGUUGGCCGAUAAAAGUUUUGAGAUCUCUAGAGCCUUUAAGGUGUUGAACGAGGACGAAGGAGUCGCAUCGAGAAGUCUGUUCAUUAUCGAUAAUAAAGGCAAAGUGAAACAUUCCACCACCAAUGACACUGCUAUCGGAAGAUCGGUAGACGAAACAUUGAGAAUGGUCCAGGCAUUUCAACAUAACGAUAAAUAUGGCGAGUUGUGUCCUGUUGAUUGGAAACCGGGAGGUGAAGGCAGUUCUCAACAAAAGAAAAUGUAAAUUUCAGAAAUGAUCACUUUACUAUAAUUUUUGGUUUCGAGAAAAUAAUUUAAAAUUGAUUUAUUCACUGAAGAAAUGGAAUGGAAUCAUUUACACAUGAAAUCAUUUUCAUAUUAUUAUAUAAACAUAUAACAAAAUUUGUCAUGUAAACGUAUUUUGACAUCUAAAUUUUUUUACGCAAUACACAAAUAAAUCUUAUU